AUGACUUAUAAUGAAGAUUCCUCAGCCUCUGGCCAUGACGAACCCUGGAUUCAAUGGUUCUGUGGUUUGAAAGGGCAUGAAAUGUUUUGCGAAGUGGAGCGAUCCUAUAUUGAAGACGGUUUCAACCUAUACGGCCUCCGAGCUUGUGUAUCCAAUUUCUCAGAUUGCCUUGAUCUGAUACUGGACCGCAUCGGACCAGAUGAUUCAGAUGACUCUCACUUGACGCAAAGUGCGUGUACGCUGUAUGGGUUGAUCCAUGCACGAUAUAUUAUAACCGCACAUGGUCUCGAUGCCAUGUACAACAAGUACGCCGCAAAAGAAUUUGGAACGUGUCCUUUGGUUCAAUGUGCGGGCCAACCUGUCCUUCCCGUUGGACUACGAGACGAAAUGGGGGCAGAUACAGUCAAAAUAUUCUGUCCAAAGUGUUCAUGUGUAUACCACCCACCUCCUAUAAAAUCCCGAAGUAGCCAUCAUGGGGGUGCAGGUGUAGAUGGCGCCGCAUUCGGGACGACUUUUCCACACUUAUUCCUUAUGACAUUCAGCAACCUUGUUCCGGAUAGGCUUCCGAGAGAUACAACAUAUGUUCCCAGAGUCUUUGGAUUCCGAGUACACGUGUCGGCUCGUCAACGAACUACAGCCACCUCCUCUGGUCUUCUUGCUUCAUCUAGUGCAAGAUCAAAUGGAAGCAGAAGGCAGAUAGGCAUCGUACGGAAAUCAAGUGCGUCUAAAGCAGACGCAACGACACAAGUAAAGGCAGAAGCAAAGGUUGAAGACGGGAAAAAAUCAAAAUCUGUCAAACGACGAAGCAGCGAUGGUGAAACUGGGGGUAAAAAGUCUGACGGAAACGGUGACAGCAGUACGCCAAAACGACAAAGAACUGAAACUUAA